GUGACGAGACGAUCAAGCCUGGACGCCAUUUUCAGAAGUUACGCCGAGGCUACAAUGCCAAUACCCGGCAGAGAUUCAUUUCAUAAUAACGAUCAACGCUCAAGAAUGGUAAUGUGUUAAGGUAGGUGGAUUCGGGGGGAUGUUUGGUGUAAGUGGAGGAACUUUGUGACUAUUGUAAAUCGAGCUGUAAGUCGAGUACAAAUAAGGAAGCUAUUGUGAUUGGACUUGCUACCGGAGUGAAAGUAGUCAGGUCUUAUGGCACUGCUGUUGCAUCUUGUGCAUUUGUUGUUUCCUACCGUGACAAGGUCUCAAAAAAAAAAAAAAAGAAAGCAUCCCUGCACUUCUCCAGGGAUAAUCGGGUUGAAGCAAACACUUGUUCUUUCUUAUUGGUUCAAAAGCGUUCUUGAAGGAAACCAUCACCAAAUCGUAGUAACAUGGUCCCUUCUAUACGCUAUGAUGCCUUAUAUUGGCAAGAGUGUGGAAACGACUAAGAUGGGCAAUAACGGUAAUAAUAGACCAAAGUCCAAUAAGAGAUUGUAGCGUAUGUGGUGGUAUAUGCACAAGAGCGAAGUGUGUGCAAGGUUAUGUGUAACGGUAGCGGCAGUGGAAGCGGUAGCGUGUAAAUCAAGAACUGAGAAUGAAAGAAUAUAUGGGUCAAAAAGAAGGAAAGGCACAUACCCUGCAGGUUGUAUCGCGAUGCU